AUGCACUUCUCCGUCGCCGCCGUUCUCGCCCUUCAGGCCAUUGGCGCCGUUGCCGCACCGGUUGCCGCCCCUGCCGCCGAUUACGCCGACCUGGCCAAAGACUCCAUCGUGAUCAAGUCUGCCGGAACCUACAAGCGUGGCGAGAACUACGCGGACUUGGCUAAGGACAGCAUCGUCAUCAAGUCUGCAGGGACCUACAAGAGAGACGAGGAGAAGCGGGAUGUUGACUAUGCUCAGCUCGCGAAGGACUCCAUCGUCAUCAAGUCGGCUGGGACUUACAAGCGUGGUGAGGAGUACGCGGACUUGGCCAAGGACUCCAUCGUCAUCAAGUCAGCCGGCACCUACAAGCGCGGCCAGGAGUAUGCCGACCUCGCCAAGGACUCCAUUGUGAUCAAGUCCGCCGGCACCUAUAAGCGGGAUGAAGAGAAGAGAGACGAGGAGUACGCCAAGCUUGCGAAGGAGUCUAUCGUGAUCAAGUCUGCUGGUACCUACUAG